UCGUCCGGGCGCACCAGCCAGCCGAAGUGCCUGAGCGUUCCCUUUUCGAUAGAUUUUUCGGUCGUGUGGAGCCGUCUUACGAUGGGAGGAUUUACGUGCUGUGUUCCUGGAUGCUACAACAACAGCACAAGGGAUAAAGGCUUGGGUUUCUACGUCUUUCCUAAAGAGCAAAAGCUUCGGGAGACGUGGAUUCAGCGUAUCAACAGGGCUGGACGGGGCGGCAGGUUCUCCAAGUUUACGCCUACCACGGGACACCGAGUAUGCGGUGCCCACUUCGAAGGAGGAAAAAAGACUUACAUGAACAGAGUGCCCACAAUCUUCCCGCUGAGACCGCAAAAGGUGGAAAGGAGGCGACCACUCAUAAGGACACAGCCGGAACUUCCCAACAGUCCAACUGUGGCACCCCAGCACGACCCAGAAGUCUCAGGCUCUGCCAUCACUAGUAGCAGCAGCGACAGUGAAGACACCGCACAGCAAAGCACUCUACUCAUGGACCAUGCCUACAGCAGCCAAGAGUCAAGCUAUGACCAGCUUGCCAAGAAAGUUGCUUGCCAAAAUAAUAUAAUAACUGAGCUAGCAGAAAAGGCUGAAGCUGCUUACGCGCAUGUUGAAGAGCUCAACCGCCAGCUAAAACGCUCUCAACAGGACCACGCUGAAGCAAAAAAGCUAUGUGACCGCCUUCAGCAGAAGAAUAGGUGCUUGCGGCUUGAGCUAUCCUGUAUGCAGAAGAAAGUCAAGAGGUGCAAGGCUGAAGCACACAAAAGAUUGACAUCACAUGCGAAAAAGCUGCGGUUCUGGCAGAUGAAGGAAACGGAGAACGAGGACAGGAACUUCAUCCUGCCUUUGAAGACACAGCUUGUGCUCGUCCUGAUGAGGCUACGGCUGGGCCUUGACGGCCUUGACCUUGCGUACAGGUUUGGCGUUUCUACGUCAACCGUUUCGAGGAUCUGGGUAACAUGGCUGGAUUUUUUGGACAACAGGCUUCGCCAGGUCCCAACUUGGAUGCCUCCCCACCUGUGCGACAAGUACAGGCCACAAGCUUUCACUGACAAGGGCUACACCACUGUUGACGGCAUCCUCGACUGCACCGAAAUUUUCAUCGAAACCCCCUCGUCAUUCCGUGUACAGAGUGAGACCUAUUCCUCGUACAAAAAGCACAAUACUGCAAAAGGGUUAGUUGUGUGCAGCCCGAACGGCUUUGUUAUGUUCGUGUCCGAUCUUUCUCCUGGGAGGCUGUCUGACAAGGCCCUAACAAAGGCUUCCGGUGUGUUGGAAAAGUUUUCCCCAGGGCGAAGUUUGAUGGCUGAUAGGGUGUUCACCAUCGAAGAAGAGUGCAAGGAACUUUCACUGCACUUGAACAUUCCGCCAUUCAUGGAAGGACGGCCUCAACUGUCUGAAGCAGAUGAAACUGAGACAAGGCUUAUUGCCAGUGUGCGCAUACAUGUGGAAAGGGUCAUUCGGAGGAUAAAGACCUACAGAAUACUCUCACAGGUGUUUCCAAACAGCAUGUCUGGACAACUGAACAAGGUGUGGCAUGUUUGCGCACGCUUGACAAACUUUGUGGGUGAGCCAUUGCUGUGA